UAGAGCUAAAAAACUCGAACUUAAUCAUAAUUCUUAAUUAAUUUGCCUAAGGCAUCUGUCACAUACUUUGAUACUUUUUUUAUUUUAGAUUUUCUGGAGAACAAUAGAAAGGAUGUAAUCAAACCAAAACAGAAACUUCCACAUAAUAAAGAGCAACGUACAUCUUUUUCCAAAACGGAUACUUUGGAGAAACAUAUUAGUACCUACACUGAGGAAAAACCAUAUCAAUGUGAACUUUGUUUCAAGACAUUUAAUCAAAAAAAGGGUUUAAGAGAACAUACUAAAAGGCAUAUUGGAGAAAAACCAUUCCGUUGUGAAAUUUGUUAUAAGACUUUUUCCAAAAACGCCUUUUUGAAAUACCACAUGACUGUUCACACUGGAGAAAAACAAUAUCAAUGUGAAAUUUGUUUCAAGUCAUUUUCUACAAACAGUAAUUUGAAAGAACAUAUGAGAACGCAUACAGGAGAAAAACCUUUUCAAUGCGAAAUUUGUUCGAAGUCAUUUUCUUAUUCAAAUAAUUUAAAAAUACAUAUGAUAACGCACUCUAAAGAAAAACCGUAUCAAUGUGAAAUUUGUUUAAAAUCGUUUACCCAAAAUUGUACUUUGAAAAAACAUAUGAAAAGUCACACUGGAGAAAAGCCAUAUAUCAGUGUGAGAUUUGUUUCAAAUCAUUUUCGGAAAAUUAUAGAGCAUGCUUUAUCAGUAUUUGUGAUUAAGUCUGUAAUAAAACCAAGCUAUGACGCCAUUUCGAUCUCAUCAGAUCUGGAGAACAAUAGAAUGGAUGUAUUCAAAUCAAUACAGAAACUUCCAUAUAAUAAAGAGCAACUUAAGUAUUUGUCCAAAAACGCUUUUUCGAAAAACCAUAUGACUGGAGUAAAACCAUAUCAAUGUGAAAUUUGCUUUAAGUCAUUUUCUACAAACAGAAGUUUGAAACGACAUAUGAGAACGCAUACAGGAGAAAAACCUUAUCAAUGCGAAAUUUGUUCGAAGUCGUUUUCCUUCUCAAAUAAUUUGAAAGAACAUAAGAAAACGCACGUUAUAGGAAAACCGUAUCAAUGUGAAAUUUGUUUAAAGUCGUUUAGUCAACAUUGUCAUUUGAAGAAACAUAAUACGAGAGUCCAUACGAAAAAAGAGAAAGAAAAACGAUAUCAGUGUGAAGUUUGCUCUAAGUCAUUUUUUGCAAACAGCCAUUUGAAAGAACAUAUGCGAACACAUACUGGAGAAAAACCCUAUCAAUGUCAAAUUUGUUCGAAGUCGUUUUCCCAGUCAACUAGUCUACGGAUACAUAUGAGAGUGCAUACUGGUGAGAAGUCUUAUCCGUGUGAAAUUUGUUUCAAGUCGUUUUCCCAAAAUGGCUAUUUAAAAGCCCAUCUCAGAAAUCACACUGGUGAAAAACCAUAUCAAUGUGAAAUUUGUUUGAAGUCGUUUUCCCGUUCAAAUCAUUUGAAAGUACAUAUGCUAACGCACUCCAAAGAAAAACCGCAUCAAUGUGAAAUUUGUUUAAAGUCGUUUGCCCAAAAUUCUCAUUUAAAAAAACAUAUGAACUCGAGGCAUUAAAACAGGAAAAUCAAACAAGAAAAUUCUAUAAAACUCUGAAUAAUGCAAGAAAGGAAUUGAAACCAAGGCUAAGCUUAUGUAAUGAUA